UCCCGAAAACCAAAAGCCGUCCCGAUGGCCCGUCUCGCUUCCCCGUGUAAAAAGACAAGUCCAGCACGGACCGACCAAAAUCUUGCCUUCCCCUGUUAAAACGGAAACGGGAAAGAGAGAGACAAGAUUCCACCAUCACCGCCGUGCGAGGCCGAGGAGGAGAACCACGCCGCGCCGUUCCUCUUCCGUAAGUCCAUCUCUUCCUUUCUUGUUCUUCUUCUGAGCUGAGACUAAGAUCCAAGAAGAAGAAGAAGAACAGAGGAGAAAGGGAAGAGAGAUGGCCGGUUACAGGGCGGAGGACGACUACGACUAUCUGUUCAAGGUGGUGCUGAUCGGGGAUUCGGGGGUGGGGAAGUCGAAUCUGCUGUCGAGGUUCACCAGGAACGAGUUCAGCCUCGAGUCCAAGUCCACCAUCGGUGUCGAGUUCGCCACUCGCAGCCUCAACGUCGACGGCAAGGUCAUCAAGGCCCAGAUUUGGGACACCGCUGGCCAAGAAAGGUAUCGUGCCAUCACCAGUGCAUACUACCGAGGAGCUGUAGGUGCAUUGCUUGUCUAUGAUGUUACCCGACAUGCAACUUUUGAGAAUGCUGAGCGCUGGUUGCGGGAGUUGAGAGACCAUACAGAUCCAAACAUAGUCGUUAUGCUUGUCGGAAACAAGUCUGAUCUUCGUCAUCUUGUAGCCGUUUCAUCCGAAGAUGGGAAAGCUUUUGCAGAGAGAGAGUCACUCUAUUUCAUGGAAACAUCUGCACUAGAAGCCACCAAUGUGGAAGAUGCCUUUGCAGAGGUCUUGACUCAGAUCUAUCGAAUUGUAAGCAAAAAGGCAGUGGAGGCAGCUGAUGACUCUGCCUCUGCAGUCCCCAGCAAAGGAGAGAAAAUUAAUGUCAAGGAUGAUGUUUCUGCACUAAAGAGAGUUGGCUGCUGCUCGUCUUAAGUUACAAAGGACCUUUUCUGAGGUAAGGGAUCUAUUUCAGAUGCUUCAUGUCAUUUGCUGUAAUAGAUUUCUUUUUCUAUUUAGUUGAGACAUUGUUUGUAGCUGAAGGGUUUGGUUAGGUUCUGUUUUUAUUACGUGUCAUCCAAGAACGUGAGACCUUGAUUAGGUUUGGUUUUUACUAGAUUUGUUAUAUUAAGAUGAUGGCCAAGUUUAUUAGAAAGUCUUUUAUUGGAGACAUGUAGUUCUACAUUUCCAUGCUUAAAUUGUGGCAAUAGCGUGCAGAUUCCAAGUGGA